CAUCACAUCCCAGUGUUACCAGAAAUGAGCUCUGCUGCAGGAUUUGACACAAAAAGCAUGCAUUGCAAGUUAGCAGGAUGACACAUAAGCUUGGUGCCCAACACAACAACAUACAAUUUCAAGAGCAGUGAUUUUGGCAGAUAAAGCGAUUUGUGAGUGGAGUUUUUACACACACUUCAGAGAAAACUGCGAGGAGAAAAGACCACAAGAAAACAGAAUCACAAGUCAAAAGAUCUCGUUGUUGAUUGACAGUAUGAACACAUCAGAGAACAUGUCAUACCUGUACAACUACGAAGACAAUCUUUGUGAUGAGAGCUCCAGCCCAGACUUGCUCGAUAGCGUGACGGUCAAGCCAGUUCUUUGCUAUGUGCUGUUUUGUCUAGGUCUGCUAGGCAACACCACUGUUCUCUGGCUUCUCCUUGGGCACAUAAAGCUGAAGACUAUGACGGACGUAUGUCUCCUCAACCUGGCCCUGUCUGACCUAAUUCUGGCUUUAUCCCUGCCCCUCUGGGCCAAUAAUUCUGACAACCUUGUAUCAUGCAAAGUGAUGACAGGAGUCUAUCAGCUGGGUUUCUACAGUGGAACUUUGUUUGUGAUCCUAAUGAGUCUGGACCGCUACCUAGCCAUUGUCCACGCUGUUGCAGCAAUGCGAGCCCGGACACUUCAUUAUGGAAUCACAGCCAGCAUCAUAAUCUGGGUUAUAUCUGUCAUCUUGGCAAUGCCUCAGGUGAUAUUUGCCUUGCCGGAAAUAGAUGAAGAUAACAACAAAUACGAAUGUCAGCCACUGUAUCCAGAUCACAAUGAGAGGUUUUGGAAGAUGCUGCGUAACUUCAGUGAGAACACGGUGGGCCUUUUUGUUGGCCUCUCAGUCAUGGUUUUCUGUUAUGUGAAAAUCCUUGCUGUGCUGUCCAAAUCUAGAAACUCCAACAAGGACAGAGCUAUAAAGCUGAUCUUCAUCAUAGUAUGUGUGUUUGUGGUGUGCUGGGUCCCCUACAAUGUUUUAGUUUUCCUUCAAACACUGCAGCUGUUUGAAAUCCUGAACAAAUGUGAGACUUUAAUGAACAUCAACUCCGCCAUGGCCUUUGCUGAGAUGAUUGCACUGUCUCACUGCUGUGUGAAUCCAGUCAUCUAUGCAUUUAUAGGGGAGAAGUUUAGGAGGUCAAUGAGCAGAGUGCUGGCUAAAUACCUCUGCUGGAGCAUAAGAAUCCAAAGAGACACCAUAGAUACUACAAACACACCUGUAAAAUCAGAUUAUGAAUCAUGAAGACACCAUGCUUCUGUGUGGUGGUGUAUAUAAAUAUAGCAACUACAUAAGGAAAAGCCUGUGUGUGUGUGUGUGUGUGUGUGUGUGUGUGUGUGUGUGUGUGUGUGUGUGUGUACAUUUAUUCAAAUCAUGCAAUUGUAAAAGUGUAAUUGUAACUUUUAGAACUAUAUUGUAAAUAAAUAUAAUGAGAUUUGA